AUGCGAUAUGGUGACAUUGAGGUCUCCAAUACAUUUCAUUCUUCCCGGUUUAUGAUAAAUGCAAACAUUGACGAAAUCAAUGACUACAAAUCAAGACUCAGCGAGCCAGAUAGUUGUCGAGUCGUAAGUCAAAUGUCAUCAAAUUCUUCGUACUCAUAUGAGGACGACUUUGUUCAUAAGUCUGUUAGAAAGACUUUGGAUGACUUAAAUGAAUCGCCUGAGAUUGGCACAUGCAUUGUAUUGGCAAAGAUCACAAAUUUGGUGAAAAAAUCAAAUUGGUGGUUUUAUAGCUGCCCGAAUACGAAGUGUACGAGAUCCGUUGAGAAGGAUUUGAAGAUGUGGUACAAAAUUGAGUUCAUUGUCAUGGACGACACAAAUACCGCAACAUUGAUAGUAUUUGGAAAAGAUGCAGACAUGAUGUUGAAUCUUUCUGUUGAUGCAUUAAUUCAGCGUAUACACGAUAAGGGAGAAGAUGAUUUGGAAUAUCCAAACGAACUUGAUGCUCUGGUUGAUAGAAUGAUGUUGUUCAAACUUAACGUUGUGGAAAAGAAUGUACACGAUCCAGCAAAUUCAACAUACCGUAUUAAAAAAGUUUGUUUUGAUGACUCUGUCAUUGCUGCGUUUACGGAACAUUAUCAAUUGAAUGAGAAUCAUAACAACGGUGGACAUUCCCCAAUUGUAAAUGAUUAUAAUGGUGGUCCUAUUAUAUCGUCAAAGGAUUCCUCUUCAUUGUCGGAGAAUAAUGAUUGUGAAGUACUUUAUGUUACUCCAUCGUCAAAGCGACUGGGAGAUAGUGUUCUCGAAAAGGUAGACGACGACGAUCCAACACUGCAGCACUCAACCAGUUGUUGCUGUAUAAUCAUGGAUAAGAAACGCACUUCUCGAAAACUACUAAAAUCGUGUAAUCUAUAUGAUGUUCCUAUAGGUUACUCAAUCGAGGAAUUUGAUGCUAAUAUUGCACAAAAUUCAAUGGGUCAUGUUACAUUUGCGCAUACAAGAUCACUUCAUGAUGUGUCUAUAUCUGAAGUUCAAUCAAACAACAUGGACGAUAUAAGGUCUGCAUCCGUGAGAAGAAAGCGUGUUUUAAAGGAAAAUGAAGUUUCAAGGAAGUUUCAUAUAAAAGAGAACGAUAAUGGUCUUAAGUGUUCAAUACAAGAUAUUGCCAAUGUAAAAGGGAAAGGAAUUCACCCUGAUUCAAUAGGCAUGCAACGGGAACCGUUUAGUUGGAACUCGAAUAUUACUCCAACCCCAAUGAGCUGUGUUCUGACUGAUAUAUCUAUGUAUAAAAACGAUUUUGGCAGUUACGCUUUACAUUUUUCAAUUGCAGUUGUUGACUACAUUAUUAAUAACAAGACUUUUCCAAAGUUGAAACGAAAAAUGCCAAUACAUGGUGAUUGCAGUGGUUAUACGACUGAUUCGGAGAAUAUUGAUCCAAAUAGCAGCGGAAUUUCAAAUAAUCCAUCAAAUACAUGGAGCAAAUCGCACAUAAGUAAUUCCUUACGCAUUGGAAAGAGGGUAUCAAAGAGUCAGAAAAUUAUAAAUUUUGUGGCCCGUGGUUUGGUGUUGGAAUCUACACCAACUAUGUUGAUUGACGAGGAUUUAAGUACAAUACAAGAUAGUAGUUCAGAUAGUGGAGAUUCGGAAUAUGUUUCAAAUGAUGACAACAGCGAUGAUUCUGCUGAUUAUGACCAUUACGACGAUCUUGGUGAUAAAAGUUGCGUUUGUCAAUCAUGUGGUGCGUUGAUGUGGUACGGCGAGAGACUUGCUAGACACUGUGAAACAAAAUCGCCAAAAUUUUCACUAUGUUGCAUGAACGAUAAAGUCCAGCUGCCCAAAUUGAAGGAUCCUCCAACUAUACUAUCAAAUCUCUUAUUCAGUAGGGAUAGACGCAGUAGGAACUUCCAAGAUAAUAUAAGAUCAUCUGGAAACAAUUCUAAUAAUUUAGAUCCGUCAAUAGUGUCUUUGAUAAAAGAUAUGAUUGAUGUAUCGAACGUACUUGCUAGGUCAUACAGAGUUGCACGCGAUCAUAUUGCUACAGAUGGAAAUAGAGGUGUAAAAUUAAGACUGGUUAAGAGCCGAAGUACUGAUGGUCGGACAUAUAAUCUACCAAAUGCCAGUGAAAUUGCAGCGCUCAUUGUUGGCGACUUCGAUAACCAGGAGGGUGUAAGGGACAUUGUGGUCGAAACGCAGUGUAAGAGGCUUCAGCGCAUUAGUGAACUACACCCUCUUUAUCUACCGUUACAGUACCCCUUGAUUUUUCCUUACGGUGAAGAUGGGUAUAGAGAUGAUAUUCCUUUGACAGAGUCUUCAUCAAAUAGUAGCCGGAAACGAAGAUGCAUGAGCAUGAGAGAAUGGUUUGCAUACAUGAUGCAAAAAAGGAAUGGAGAGAGUCAAGUAUUGCUGAACUCGAAAAAACUAUAUCAGCAGUUUCAAGUUGAUGGCUUUUCAAUGAUAGAAUCUCAACGACUGAAUUUCAUUAGAUUUAAUCAGGACAAGCUUAGGGUUGACAUGUAUAAGGGACUUCAGGAAAUGAUUGUCAAGGGUGACGAUGAAGGCACGUCUGCUGGAAUGCGCAUAGUUCUUCCAUCGACAUUUACAAACGGUCCCAGAUAUAUGUUUAACAACUUCAUGGACGCCCUCCAGAUAUGCAAUUGGAUUGGAUUUCCAUCGCUUUUUAUAACAAUAACAUGCAAUCCCAUGUGGCCAGAAAUACAAAGGGUGUUGAGAGAUACGAAUCUGCGUCCCGAAGAUCGACCUGAUAUUCUUUGUCGCGUGUUCAAGAUGAAACUGGACAGUCUGAUCUCAGAUUUAAAAAAAGGGCAUAUUUUCGGACGGAUAAGAUCAUACGUCUGCACCAUUGAGUUCCAAAAACGUGGUUUGCCACAUGCGCACAUCCUUCUUUGGUUGCAUAAUGACGAUAAGCCAAAAUGUUCGGAAGAUAUUGAUCGAAUAAUAUGUGCCGAAAUACCCGAUAAGACUUGCGACCGGAAAAUGUAUAAGUUGGUAAAAAAGUACAUGAUCCACGGACCGUGCGGGCAUGCGAACAUGAAUUCUCCCUGCAUGAAGGAUGGUAUUUGCACCAAGCGCUUUCCAAAGAGAUUUGUGCAACGUACUGAGGCUGACGAUGAAGGAUACCAUUCAUAUAGAAGAAGGGAAGACGGCCGGACAGUAACGAAGAAGAAAACAAUAUUGGACAAUGGGUAUGUCGUUCCUUACAACCGUGCUCUACUGUUGAAAUACAGAGCUCACAUCAACAUUGAGCUCUAUAACCAGAACAAAUCGAUAAAGUGUCUUUUCAAAUAUGUCAACAAGGGCAAUGAUCGAGUUACAGCUGCCUUUUAUCAGUCACGUAAUACCAAUGACGGUGAACAAAUAUGCGAUGAGAUAAAAAUGUACUACGACUGCAGAUAUAUUUCCGACUUAUGCUGUUACUUAUCUUAA